GAACAUACGGCGAAGGCUGACGGAAGGCGGGGCCGCGCGUGGUGGGAAGCCCGGUCCGCGUUCCCGGCCGCCGCUCCUGGGGCCGCCUCGCCUCUGGGUUUCCCCGGGACAAUUCGCUAUGGCGGGGCCGGGCCCGGGCGCGGCUCUGGAGUCCCCGCGGCAACUGCUGGGCCGCGUGCGCUUCCUGGCAGAAGCAGCGAAAAGCCUCCGCGCCGGGCGGCCGCUGCCGGCGGCUCUGGCUUUCGUGCCGCGCGAGGUGCUCUACAAGCUUUACAAGGACCCGGCGGGACCGUCGCGCGUGCUGUUGCCCGUGUGGGAGGCGGAGGGCCUGGGGCUGCGUGUGGGAGCCGCGGGCCCGGCCCCCGGUACCGGUUCCGGGCCCCUCCGUGCCGCCCGUGACAGCAUCGAGCUCCGGCGCGGUGCCUGCGUGCGCACCACGGGCGAGGAGCUGUGCAACGGCCACGGGCUCUGGGUGAAGCUGACCAAGGAGCAGCUGGCAGAACACCUAGGCGACUGCGGGCUGGACGAAGGCUGGCUGCUGGUGUGCCGCCCGGCGGAGGGCGGGGCCCGCCUCGUACCCAUCGACACUCCCGACCACCUCCAGCGGCAGCAGCAGCUCUUCGGAGUGGACUACCGCCCGGUGCUCAGAUGGGAACAGGUGGUGGACCUGACAUACUCGCAUCGCCUGGGAUCAAAGCCUCAGCCGGCCAAGGCAUACACAGAAGCUGUACAAAGGCUACUCUACGUGCCCCCGACGUGGACCUACGAAUGCGACGAGGACCUUAUCCACUUCUUGUACGACCACCUGGGCAAGGAGGAUGAGAACCUGGGUAGCGUGAAGCAGUAUGUGGAGAGCAUAGACGUUUCCUCCUACACGGAGGAAUUCAAUGUGUCCUGCUUGACAGACAGCAAUGCGGACACCUACUGGGAGAGCGACGGGUCCCAGUGCCAGCACUGGGUACGGCUUACCAUGAAAAAAGGCACCAUUGUCAAGAAGCUGCUGCUCACAGUGGACACCACGGAUGACAACUUCAUGCCCAAGCGGGUGGUGGUCUAUGGGGGCGAAGGGGACAACCUGAAGAAGCUGAGUGACGUGAGCAUUGACGAGACCCUGAUCGGCGAUGUCUGUGUCCUGGAGGACAUGACCGUCCACCUCCCGGUCAUCGAGAUCCGCAUUGUCGAGUGCCGAGAUGACGGGAUCGAUGUGCGCCUUCGAGGGGUCAAGAUCAAGUCCUCCAGACAGCGGGAACUAGGGUUGAAUGCAGACCUGUUCCAGCCGACCAGUCUGGUGCGAUAUCCACGCCUAGAAGGGACGGACCCAGAAGUGCUGUACCGCAGAGCUGUUCUCCUGCAGAGGUUCAUAAAGAUCCUAGACAGCGUCCUGCACCACCUGGUACCUGCCUGGGACCACACGCUGGGCACCUUCAGUGAGAUUAAGCAAGUGAAGCAGUUCCUGCUGCUGUCUCGCCAGCGGCCGGGCCUGGUGACCCAGUGCCUGCGUGACUCAGAGAGCAGCAAGCCCAGCUUCAUGCCUCGCCUGUACAUCAACCGGCGCCUCGCCAUGGAGCACCGAGCCUGCCCCUCGAGGGACCCGGCCUGCAAGAAUGCGGUCUUCACCCAGGUUUAUGAAGGCCUCAAGCCCUCUGACAAGUACGAAAAGCCCCUGGACUACAGGUGGCCCAUGCGCUACGACCAAUGGUGGGAGUGUAAAUUCAUUGCAGAAGGCAUCAUUGACCAAGGGGGCGGCUUCCGGGAUAGCCUGGCAGACAUGUCAGAGGAACUCUGCCCUAGUUCGGCAGACACCCCUGUGCCUCUGCCCUUCUUUGUACGCACGGCCAACCAGGGCAAUGGCACGGGUGAGGCCCGGGACAUGUACGUGCCCAACCCCUCCUGCCGAGACUUUGCCAAGUACGAGUGGAUCGGACAGCUGAUGGGGGCUGCCCUUCGGGGUAAGGAGUUCCUGGUCCUGGCGCUGCCUGGUUUUGUGUGGAAGCAGCUCUCUGGGGAGGAGGUGAGCUGGAGCAAGGACUUCCCAGCCGUGGACUCCGUGCUGGUGAAGCUCCUGGAGGUGAUGGAAGGAAUGGACAAGGAGACAUUUGAAUUCAAAUUUGGGAAGGAGCUAACAUUCACCACUGUGCUGAGUGACCAGCAGGUGGUGGAGCUGGUCCCCGGGGGUGCAGGCAUCGUGGUGGGAUAUGAGGACCGGUCCCGUUUCGUCCAACUGGUGCAGAAGGCGCGGCUAGAGGAGAGCAAGGAGCAGGUGGCAGCCAUGCAGGCAGGCCUGCUGAAGGUGGUGCCACAGGCUGUGCUGGACUUGCUGACCUGGCAAGAAUUGGAGAAGAAGGUGUGCGGGGACCCAGAGGUCACUGUGGAUGCUCUGCGCAAGCUCACCAGGUUUGAGGACUUUGAGCCGUCUGACACUCGGGUGCAGUAUUUCUGGGAGGCGCUGAACAACUUCACCAACGAGGACCGGAGCCGCUUCCUGCGCUUUGUCACGGGCCGCAGCCGCCUGCCUGCGCGCAUCUACAUCUACCCUGACAAGCUAGGCUACGAGACCACGGACGCGCUGCCCGAGUCUUCCACCUGCUCCAGCACCCUCUUCCUGCCGCACUACGCCAGUGCCAAGGUGUGUGAGGAGAAGCUCCGCUACGCGGCCUACAACUGCGUGGCCAUCGACACAGACAUGAGCCCCUGGGAGGAGUGAGGCGGCGCCAGCGGGCGGGUCCCGGGGACACGGGAUGAAGAUGCCCUCCCCGGGGGCGGCCUUUUUGCGGAGGUCUGGACAGAAAGUCGGUGCGCUCUGCCCGUGGGCGUGGUUGGAAUGGGAGCAGGUGACCCGGGUGGCCUCCAUCCUCAGACCCUCACGCCCUGCACGUGCUGGGGUUUGCUCCCCGAGUUCCUUCGCCUCCGUGAGAGGCCUCUUCCACAAGCCCCGCACAAGCUGCCGGGCCUGAGCUACUUGAAGGGGGCCUUCUAGCUCCCCUCCCGCGGACUUUACCCUCCCCCUUUCCUUGUUCUCUGGCUUCAGCCUGGAUGUAAAACUAAGCACUUGGAGAGGGGGUCACGGGGGCGUGGACAGGGAGUGACGGCCACCCUCCCGGUCAGCUGAGCCAAGAAUGAAGCCACAGCUGAGCCCCCUCUCCCUCACUUACUGGUCUCUCCUCCUCUCCCUGCACCCAAGGCCCGAGCCCCCGCUUUCUUUCUCCAACUCAGUCUCACCUGACAGAGUGCCACCGCCUUCCCUGGCUCAGAACCUGCAUCCGCUCGCCGUAAAUUUCCCCCCUUAUUCAUCACUUCUGCAUCACCUCCAGCCUGACUCCCUGCCUGCUGUUUUACCCCCAAGGUUUUGCACAGGUUAAGACCAGUUAUGUCCUCUCUGAGAUCUUCAAAAGCUCCUCUUCACCCAACUCUCAAGUAAAGCCUGGACUUUAAACCAGCUCCUAGGCCUUAUGCACAUCCCUGCCCCAGCCCUCCCUUAGGGGCCUCCAUGACACUCCAUCAAAGAAGCUCUUGCACAUGGGAAAGCUGAAUAAAGGGAUGCAUUCAUUCCUUCA